AUGACAAACAAAAAUGAGCAACACAAUACUACAACCACCUCAUCACCAUCAAUCUCAAAGUCAACCACUACAGCAAGUUCUAUCCCAAUUUCUGACUGUGGUGACAAAAGUCCAAAACAAACCGAUGAUGCAGAUCCUAUGGUCAUUCCUUUAACUUCGAGGCAUACAUCAACAACUUGGACUCACUUUACAAGAAAACGAGUUGGGAAGGAAAUAAAAGUUGAAUGCAACUACUGCAAUAAGCAACUUACUGGAGGACCAAGAGCGGGGACAAGUCACUUAACCGAGCAUGCAAAUAAAUGUGUCAAAAGAAAAUGUUUAAAUAUUCAACAAACAAGGCUAUUUGGAACACAAGCUAAAGAUGGUGGUUCGAAUGACACUCUUUCUUUGGCACCAUAUGAAUUCCGCCAACAUAAAGGGAGAAAAGACUUGGCAGAAAUGGUCAUUUUGCAUGAAUACCCUCUUACCAUUGUUGAGCAUUAUGGCUUUAGGAAGUACUCCAAUACACUUCAACCAAGCUUUAAAGUUCUGCUUCGUAAUACAACCAAUAAAGAUAUCAUGCAAAGAUAUGAGACUGAAAAAGAGGGCAUAAGUGCAUUGUUGAUAAAAACAAAUAGUAUGAUCGCCUUGACCACUGACAUGUGGACCUCAAGCAAUCAAAGAAAGAGAUACAUGGCUGUCACAGCACACUUUAUUGACAAUGGAUGGAAACUCCAAAGUCGAACACUUAGGUUUUUGUAUGUCCCGACACCUCACAUGGUUGAGGUUCUUACUGAACAUUUGAAAGAAUGCAUCCACUCCUGGAAUAUUGAUAUCAGGUUGUCUUCUAUAACUGUGGAUAAUUGCACAACUAAUGAUGCUAUGAUUGAUACUUUGCGUCAAGAGUUUCCUUAUGGCUCGCUAAUGUUGCAUGGAUAUGGGUUGAGUGCUGUGAUAAAAAAUGGUCUUGAUAGAAUUAGGGAUAUUGUUGCCUUUUGGACUGCUUCAGAUAAAAGAAACCAAAAAUUUGAACAAGUAGCUAAGCAAGUGGUUCCUGAAUGUACAAAAAAGUUACAACUUGAUUACAAGACUAGGUGGAAUUCGACCUAUGACAUGCUUAUGGUUGCUUUAAAUUAUAAGGAGGUAUUUGUUAUCUUGAGUGGUCGUGAAAGUUUGUUUAAGAAUCUGCCACUUAAUGAAGAUUGA